AUGCUCAAGAAAAACUCAACUGUCAUUUCAAAUUUUGUUUUCUUGGGAUUUUCUCAUUACCCCAAAGUUGAAAUCACAAUAUUUGUGCUGUGUUUAUUAAUGUACAUGAUCACUUUGCUGGGUAAUAUUAUUCUUAUCUCCAUCAGUAUCUUGGAUUCCCGUCUGCAUACACCUAUGUAUUUCUUUCUCAGCAACCUCUCCUUCCUGGACAUUUGGUAUACCUCUUCUGCUCUCACUCCAAUGCUGACAAACUUUGUUUCUGGAAAAAAUACCAUCUCAUUUUCAGGAUGUGCUGCUCAAAUGUACUUUUCUCUUGCAAUGGGCUCCACCGAGUGUGUGCUCCUGUCUAUGAUGGCGUAUGAUCGUUAUGUGGCUAUCUGCAACCCAUUGAGAUAUCCUAUCAUCAUGAACAAGAAAGUGUGUGUACAGAUUGCAGCUGGUUCCUGGGUAACAGGCUGCCUUACAGCCCUAGUAGAAACAAUGUCUGUACUGCAGCAGUCUCUUUGUGAGAAUAGCAUCAUCAAUCAUUUCACCUGUGAAAUUCUAGCUGUCUUGAAACUGGUUUGUGUGGAUACAUCUAUGGUACAGUUAAUCAUGCUGGUGAUUAGUGUUCUCCUUCUUCCCAUGCCCAUGCUUCUCAUCUGUAUCUCUUAUGCCUUCAUUCUUUCCAAUAUCUUGAGAAUCAGCACAGUCGAUGGUCGAAGCAAAGCCUUUUCAACAUGUGCAGCUCACCUGACUGUGGUGGUUUUGUUCUAUGGAACAGCUCUUUCUAUGUACCUGAAGCCCUCAGCUGUAGAUUCACAAGAAAUUGAUAAAUUUAUAGCUUUGGUAUAUGCUGGACUAACUCCCAUGUUGAAUCCUAUUAUCUACAGCCUUCGGAAUAAAGAGGUAAAAGCAGCAGUAAAAAAACUGAUGAUUAGAAACCCUCUUUGUGCUCUUCUAAUCACUAAUAGUGAUUAA